AUGAGUCAUCAUGGCGUCGGCUACUCCACAGAACAGGAUGGCACAAUUCACAGGCAGAAGAGGGCUCCAUCUGAGUCCCAGGGCAGUACACACGAAGGGGCCCAGAGCUUCACACCUUCCCUGGCCAGACACUCGGAGCCCAGAACUCCAGCCAGCCCAGUGACCCCUGACCUCAGCCGGGGUCUGGGAGACACACAGCAGCAACAGACAGAAGCAGACAAGGGUCCUGAAGAGCUCCUUCCUCCCCCUCCUCCUGUGUCUGUGGAUGCUGAGCUGACUGAGGAUCUUACACCUCUCUUGCCUCCUCCACACGUAUCUGUGGAUGCUGAGCUGACUGAGGAUCUUACACCUCUCUUGCCUCCUCCACACGUAUCUGUGGAUGCUGAGCUGACUGAGGAUCUUACACCUCUCUUGCCUCCUCCACACGUAUCUGUGGAUGCUGAGCUGACUGAGGAUCUUACACCUCUCUUGCCUCCUCCACACGUGUCUGUGGAUGCUGAGCUGACUGAGGAUCCUACACCUCUCCUGCCUCCUCCACUCGUGCAGGAGCCCCCAACUGCCCCCCUCCUCCAUCCUGUGUCCUCAGACAGACCACCAGUGUCUGACCAACUGAGCGCUGCUGUGGCUAGACAGCAGGACGAAAGCACACCAUCUAAUGGGGGGGAACAGAAGGAACCGUCUCGGCGUAUCCAGGGCAGUCUAGAGGAGCAGCUAGUGAUGGUAGAGACCAAGGGACCUGAGCCCUAGGACCAUGCCCCAGGACUACCUGACAUGACUCCUUGCUGUCCCCAGUCCACCUGGCCAUGCUGCUGCUCCAGUUUCAACUGUUCUGCCUUACUAUUAUUCAACCAUGCUGGUCAUUUAUGAACAUUUGAACAUCUUGGCCACGUUCUGUUAUAAUCUCCACCCGGCACAGCCAGAAGAGGACUGGCCAUCCCACAUAUGCUCUCUAAUUCUCUCUUUCUUUCUCUCGGAGGACCUGAGCCCUAGGACCGUGCCCCAGGACUACCUGACAUGAUGACUCCUUGCUGUCCCCAGUCCACCUGACUGUGCUGCUGCUCCAGUUUCAACUGUUCUGCCUUAUUAUUAUUCGACCAUGCUGGUCAUUUAUGAACAUUUGAACAUCUUGGUCAUGUUCUGUUAUAAUCUCUACCCGGCACAGCCAGAAGAGGACUGGCCACCCCACAUAGCCUGGUUCCUCUCUAGGUUUCUUCCUAGGUUUUGGCCUUUCUAGGGAGUUUUUCCUAGCCACCGUGCUUUUACACCUGCAUUGUUUGCUGUUUGGGGUUUUAGGCUGGGUUUCUGUACAGCACUUUGAGAUAUCAGCUGAUGUACGAAGGGCUAUAUAAAUAAAUUUGAUUUGAUCUCCACCCCUGAUGUGGAAAAGCGAUACCCUAGGAAGGAGAUGACCUGCCUUGACGUACAGGUCAUUCUCCAACAGUCGUCCAAGUACCUUGCGCACCAAGGUCACAUGCUCGGCGCAUGUAGCGGAGUAAAUCAGAACCUCCAUCCUUCACAAAAAAAUAAAGUCGAGGAGGUGGGUGAAGUAGAGGUCCGAAUGUACCCCUGACGCAGAGAUUUAGAGACAUGUAUUCAUAGCCACUGAGUGUCAUAUGUUAGAGGAAUUAAAUUCCUAUAUGUUUAUUACCCAAGUCAACUAAUACACUCAGCCCAUUUCUAAGGACUUGUAAGAUACUUAUUUGCAUAAAAUGGGUGGAGACCAGUCUCAAAAAUCAAGCAAUAGCGUUUAUUCUCAUGAGUACUGAACAUGAUACAAUUUACAACAGGUUAUAAACUGAAAAUGAAGUCAUAGGUUUUAAACUGUCCCGUCCCUCCUCCACUCCGAUACAAUGGCAGUACAGUUCACAAGCCUUCCUACAUCAUUCCUCACCGGUUUAGAUCAUUUAAGACCAGGCCACGGUCUCCCUGUGUAGAUAAGCAUUCUAGCCAGUCUGACUAUAAGUUCAUUCGUUUCUACCAAGGAACAGACAGUGUUCUAAUUCUUGAUUAGAAUUUACACAUUAUAUUCAGUACUAUGAUUAAAAUAAAGUUCAUACAUCUAUACAGUAACAUAAUAGUAUUCUGAUUAGUCAGUCCUGAUUGAAAUGUAUACAUAAUCAUUGAUUUUAAAAAAUCCCUUAACAUACGUAUUCAUAGCCACUCACGACCACCCCGUGAGAGCUCUCUGUUGCCAGGAAAUAGUGUGAUUAUGUAGAGCCAACCAAGGAAGGCCUAGGACCCAAGGAAACACAGGAGAGUCAAUGAGGAAGAGACUGAUUCUCUGCUCAUGACUCCCCUGCAUAACCAUGGCCAAGGAGAUGGUGGCCUCCUUGAUUAGCCCGGACCUUAAUGGUCGACUAUCUAGAGCGUGUGCCGGGAAGGGUUUAACUAUGGGAAAAAUAGGGAUCCCUAACCUAAUGGCUAAUGCUCUGUCGAUAAAAUUCCCAGCUGCGCCUGAAUCAACAAGCGCCUUAUGCUGGGGGAAUGUGGGGAAACAAACAGGUGGUCAACAGAGGACAAUGGAUGAGUGUGGUGCAAACUCACCUGAGGUGACGCCAGAGUGCCCUGCCUGUUGCCUCGACUCCCAGAGGAACCAACACGGCACCGACCGGCAGUGUGUCCUCUGCGGCCACAGAUGGGGCACGUGAUGGCUCCUCCUCCAGUCUCCCUAUGAGCAGCCCCACCUAACUCCAUGGGCACCAGAGCGGGCGUGCUGGACGAUGGAACCGACAGAGCCCCCUCUGGAUGUCCGCGGGUAACCGGCAGGUUAUCCAACCGGAUGGACAAAUCCACCAGUUGGUCGAAGGAAAUGGUGGCAUCCCUGUAGGCCAGUUCACAUCGGACGUCCUCUCGUAGGCUGCAUCGAUAAUGGUCGAUGAGGGCCCUGUCGUUCCAGCCUGCUCCUGCGGCCAAGGUCCGGAAUUCCAGGGCGUUCCUCAUGGAAGAGCCUCUCCCCCGCCCGCUCUGCCCUCAGGUGGAUGGUUGAAGAUGGCCCUGAAGCGACGGGUGAACUCAGUGGUUUGGCGCCGUGUCUCCUCUCCACACGGCGUUUGCCCACUCCAGCGCUCUUCCUGAGAGACAGGAGGUGAGGGCAGCCACUCUCUCCCCUCCUGAGGGAGCUGGGUGCACAGUGGCCAGGUAGAGGUCCAGUUGUAACAAGAAUCCCCAGCACUGUGCUGUUGUUCCAUCAUACUCCCUAGGAAGGGAGACGCAUCACACUGGAACUCUCUCCAGAUGGAACGGAUGGAAAUAACCCCAGUUGUACUGGUCGAGACUUCCUGUCUCUCCCAGCAGUCCAUGGUCUGGACAACACGAUCCAUCAUGGCACCAAGAUGUUGUAACAUGGCCGAAUGUUCCUGGACACGCUCCUCAACUCCUCUAACCGGGGUACCUGCUCCUGCUGACUCCAUUGAAGGUGUGUAAUCCUGUCAGGAUGGUGUAUUGGAGGCGAAGUCAGGUGCAGGAGAACAGAUUAUAAUGAACAGGCGCACUUUUAUUAUAGUUCUAAAAAAAAACGAGAGCACUACAUGAAUCAAACGCGCUCAAAAAAAAAACCGGGACAUAAAAGUAUCGCGCUUAAACUAACACCACCUAACAUGAAACCAAUUACACACAAUACAUGAUGGGACACAGAGGGUUAAAUACAAGUAGCUUAAUUGGGGAAAUGAAAACCAGGUGUGUAUGGAAACAAGACAAGACAAAUGGAUAUACGAAAAAUGGAGAGGCGAUGGCUAGAAAGCCGGUGACGUCGAUCGCUGAAUGCCGCCCGAACAAGGAGAGGGGCUGACUUCGGUAGAAGUCGUGACAGGGACACUGCAUAAGAAGUAUAAUAUAAUAAUAAUAUAUUACAUUUACAGUAGCAGAUUGUAUUUUGUGGUAUGCAUUCUUUGAAUAUUAUGUAGUGCUCAGUGCUGCGUGUCCAUUCUCAAUAUAGCCUUUCAUAUGACAAAAUAAACUAAUAUAUUAUACAGUA